GCUUUUCUACCUCUUCCCAUAUAGACCCAGCGCUAGAAGGGCGUCGCUUAUUUGGAGUGCGAGGAUAGCAUGUAGAUCAUGGUGGUUUCGCGUCAACAAUAACAUCACGUGAGUCGCGGACAUCAGAUACACUUCCCGCUCGCCCUGCCGCAAAGAUUAUCGAUUAUCUCUCGUCCCCUCUUCGCUUUGCUAGUCAUGCGUACUUUCUUUGCCUUUCUCUUGCUUGCUGGUCAAGCUCUUUCGUUAUCGAUCGUCCUCGGUUCUCUCGGAAUUAUCGAUGAAACCCAGUUUCUCAACGUCACCGACACAUACCUCUUGACUGACUGUCAGAUCCCGUGCUCCAACGCAACCGCCCAAAUCGCCAACUGCACUCCCAUUGAUUCCUGUUCAUGCUCAUCCAGCACAGUUACCGCCAUCACAUCCUGUGAGCAAUGCAUGUUCAACGACUUGAUCGCCAAGUUCGCAACAAGCACUGAUCCCCGUGCUGGUUCAUCCGCUGCCCUUACUGCAUACGCUGUCGCAUGCUCAUCCGCAGGCUUCACGGUCCCUUCCUCCUCCAUUACCUUGUCCCUCCCUUCUAACUGGGAUGGUCCCCUCGGAGUUAGCCUUGGUACUACUUCUACGGUUUUGAUAGUGGGCGUUGCUGCAAUACUUGGCGCCGGCAGUCUUUUUCUACUGUCCAAUAUGUGAACAAAGUGCCACAUCUGUCUCGGUUAGCAACGAUUAUCCUCUUAUUCGUAAUAAUAAUGUGCUACUUAUGUACGCCUGAUGAAAUACAUCACGCCUGUCUUUACACCCAAGGAAGGGAUUCAUGUUUGAGUUGGCAAGGAGUAUAAGUUAGGAAGACUCGAAGUCUGCGAGAAGGGCGCUCGAAGGAGGUAUCGGACUACGUUUUACUUCCAUUUGCUCGAUUCAA